AUGGCUAGAGUCAAAGCCAGCAUUGCUGCUGCAUUGAAGGAACAGAAAAACAGGUAUAUGAGGAGAGAAGGGCAGGAAAAGAUAAGAUUUGAAGAGCUCCUGAGUCAAAGUAUAGCACAAGCCAAAGCCAAGAAGACAGCUCAGCAGGGGGAUUGGAAGAAAGAAAUGGCAGCUCAAUAUUCUGAAGCAUGGCAAGAAAAGGAGGAGACAAAUAGAAAGGAAGCUGAAGCAAGAGCAGAGCAGCGGAUGGAGACGGAGAAGGCUUGUGAAAUGGCUGCCUUGAUGCAGAAACUAGAGAAUACUGCCAAGGAAAAUGAGACACCCUUGGAAGAACAAUAUUACCAGUGCCACUAUGUGGUUGAGGAGCUCCAUAAAAACAGUGAUUCCCAACCACAACAUCAGCCGUAUCCACCCCAUAAAUUCAAUCAUCUAGUCCCAGCACGUAUGUCAAAGUCAACGGGUCAGUACUUUGUCCAUCUGGACAAUACUCUCCAGGUGUUCACAUCGCCUAAUGCAGAUUCUCUCUCCUAUAUUCCAUCUGAAGAAGAUGUUCUUAGGUUUAGCAUGCACCCUUGUCAAACACUUGUUCCACGUUGGGCUUCAGGCACUUACUCUUACACCGGGUACACACCCAUCAAAAUCAAACUCACUGGCCCACUUCUCAGCUGCCUCAUUCUCCCCUCCAAAAUUCCAAUAGAAAAAAUUGACGGCCAGUGCUUCCUUACAAAAAACUUCUGUGCUUCAUGGCUAAGAUUUGAAGAUGGCCUCUCUCAAGCAGCUACAGCCAAUUCUUUGGCCCCUUAA